AUAGUAUAGAAGAAAGGCUGACACAACACAUUGAACCUCUGCCACCAUGGGGAACUGGGCUGUGAAUGAGGGGCUCUCCAUCUUUGUCAUCCUGGUAUGGCUGGGGAUGAAUGUCUUCCUCUUUGUCUGGUACUACCGGGUUUAUGAUAUUCCAGAGAAGUUCUUUUACACUCGAAAACUUCUUGGGUCAGCGCUGGCACUGGCCAGGGCUCCUGCAGCCUGCCUGAAUUUCAACUGCAUGCUGAUCCUGUUGCCAGUCUGUCGAAAUCUGCUCUCCUUCCUCAGGGGUUCCAGUGUGUGCUGCUCAACAAGAGUUCGAAGACAACUGGACAGGAAUCUCACCUUUCAUAAAAUGGUGGCAUGGAUGAUUGCACUUCACACUGCGAUUCACACCAUUGCACAUCUGUUUAAUGUGGAGUGGUGUGUGAAUGCCCGAGUCAACAAUUCUGAUCCUUAUUCAAUAGCGCUCUCUGAAAUUGGAGAUAAAGAGGGUGAGAGUUAUCUCAAUUUUGCUCGAGAGAGAAUCAAGAACCCUGAAGGAGGCUUGUAUGUGGCUGUGACUCGGUUGGCAGGCAUCACUGGAAUCGUCAUCACACUGUGCCUCAUAUUAAUUAUUACCUCCUCCACCAAAACCAUCCGGAGGUCUUACUUUGAAGUGUUUUGGUACACGCACCAUCUCUUUGUAAUCUUCUUCAUUGGUCUUGCCAUCCAUGGAGCUGAACGAAUUGUACGUGGGCAGACCAACGACAGUUUGAAGGAGCACAAACCAGAGUUAUGUUGGCAAAAUAUCUCAGAUUGGGGAAAAAUAAAAGACUGCCCAGUCCCGAAGUUCUCUGGGAACCCUCCUAUGACUUGGAAAUGGAUAGUGGGUCCCAUGUUCCUUUAUCUCUGUGAGAGGUUGGUCCGGUUUUGGCGAUCUCAACAGAAGGUGGUCAUCACCAAGGUGGUCACUCACCCUUUCAAAACCAUUGAGCUACAGAUGAAGAAGAAGGGAUUCAAGAUGGAAGUGGGACAAUACAUUUUUGUCAAGUGCCCAAAGGUGUCCAAGCUGGAGUGGCAUCCUUUCACACUGACCUCCGCCCCUGAGGAAGACUUCUUUAGCAUCCAUAUUCGAAUUGUCGGGGACUGGACAGAGGGGCUGUUCAAUGCUUGUGGCUGUGAUAAGCAGGAGUUUCAAGAUGCCUGGAAACUACCUAAGAUAGCAGUUGAUGGGCCUUUCGGCACAGCCAGCGAAGAUGUGUUCAGCUAUGAGGUAGUGAUGUUAGUGGGAGCAGGAAUUGGGGUCACGCCCUUCGCAUCCAUUCUCAAGUCAGUCUGGUAUAAAUAUUGCAAUAACGCCACCAAUUUGAGGCUAAAAAAGAUCUAUUUCUACUGGCUGUGCCGGGACACACAUGCGUUUGAGUGGUUUGCAGACCUACUGCAGCUGCUGGAGACCCAGAUGCAGGAGAGAAACAACGCUGGCUUCCUCAGCUACAACAUCUAUCUCACUGGCUGGGAUGAGUCUCAGGCCAAUCACUUUGCUGUGCACCAUGAUGAGGAGAAAGACGUGAUCACAGGCCUGAAACAAAAGACUUUGUAUGGACGGCCCAACUGGGAUAAUGAGUUCAAGACAAUUGCAAGUCAACACCCUAAUACCAGAAUAGGAGUUUUCCUCUGUGGACCUGAAGCCCUGGCUGAAACCCUCAGUAAACAGAGUAUCUCCAACUCCGAGUCUGGCCCUCGAGGAGUACAUUUCAUUUUCAACAAGGAAAACUUCUAACUUGUUUUUUCCAUGAGAAAAUAAGUUUAGCUUAUGCUGGCAAAUGCCCAAAUAAUGAUGGUUGAUAAUGUUUCCCUGUCUAAAAAAAAAAGGAGAAAAAGAAACUAUAAUGUAAUAGUUUUCCCUGAAAGGAAUAUCAGAGAUUGUUUGAUAGUGAUAAGUAUGAUGUUUUAUGGUUUUCAGAGCACUUUUACAAAUAUUAUCUCAAUUUUUACUCUCAGUAAUACCAGAGGAAGGUAGGGCAAGGAUUCCUGGACUCAUUUGUAGGAUAAAAAUUGGGAACUCAAAAAGGUUGAGUGAAUUCCCUAAAAUUAUGAAGCUACAAUCAUAUCUAGGCGAUCUGACUCCAAGUUUGGUAGUCUUUUUACAAUACCAGUCUGCCUUGAAAUAGGUUUUCAUACACCUCAAAAGAAGAAGCAAACCCAAGGAAUAGCAAUUCGUUUUCCAUUUUGUAUCAUUUUUGUUAUUGUUGUUGUUAUAUUAAAGGAAAUUUUUGAAAUAGUUAUAAGAUAAUAUAUGCUGAGAGUGAUUCAACACUUAACUAGUGACAGUAUUUACAUCUGAGCGUACUCCAGUUUAUCAUUAUAGAAGCUUAACUGGGUCAGAGAUUCUUCCUACAAAAGAAUAUUAAACUGAUUGGAGUUAGUGUAAUACGCAGCAUUUACCAUGGUGCUUGGCAGAAAGUGGAUACUUACGGAAAGUUUGUUGAAUGAAUGAAUGAAAAGACAUGAUUAUGCCAUAUUAUAUACAUACAUCAAAACAUUAUAUUGUACCCAUAAAUGUGCACGAUUAUGACUUGUCUAUCAAAAAUUUUAAAAAGCAUCAAGAACCAUAUAAUGCCAUGGUAGAAUUAAAGCCUUAAAAAGAAUUAUCUAAGGAAAUAAAUUCUGUGACUCUUAUAGACCAAAGGAACGUGAUUCUCCUGAGGGUAGAGAACAGGCUAAGGAUAGUCACCAACAGGAUGGCCCAGAGGGUCCCUCGCAUUCUUAUUUGAAGCAUGGAGGGAAGCGGGUAGAGUCAGAGAAUUACUGACCUCUGGCCAUGACCCUGGAUAUCCCUUCUAGUCCUGCUCCCUGUGCUAUGAAAGCAAUGCAGACUCACUUACAGCCUGAAACAGUCUCCUCCAGCCAACUCUUGUGAAUUUUGAACUUAAAAAUGGUGACAAAUAUGUAUCUGAUAUCCUCAUCAGCUGUAAAUAGCAUCUACACCUUGCUUUACUUAGAUACACAUACAAAAUAGAUUUUAGGUGUGUGUGGCUAAUCAUUUAUUUUUAUUCUGUCAUCACUAUCACCAUCAUAAUCAUGAAAUUAACAUUCUGGAAAAUAAAAUCCCCAUUUUACUGUAUUAAAUUCACAUCUACUAAAAUGUUCUGGAUAUCCAUGAGUUCAAGAGAGAGUCUCUAAAUCACUGUUAGUAUGGCCAGAAACAGUUUGCUUUUUGUUUUUGUUUUUGUUUUCUUAUACUGUUCUCAUUUCUAGGAACUAAACACGGCUUUAUUUGCCCCACCCCCUCUGACCACAGAUUUUUAGAAAUCAUCCAGUUUGGUAAUGAGGAAGAAAGUGAAGAGAGCACGGAGAAGGGCCAAAGCCUGGGUUAGGAGGAAAGGGAAGGAAGAGGGGGAAAGAGAACAGAAGGAGAGUAAGAGAAAGCAAAAAAGACAAAAGGGAAAGGUGGAGGAUGGGGGUCUCACACUGCUCACUUUCUACCCCAGAUUUCUUAAAGCUUUGCAUGUUGUGAAUGUAAUUGAAGGAGGCAUACACAUAUUCAUCUUAUUUUGAUUACAUAUCGUAUUGAAUCUUUUAAAUUCUAUUCACAAAUUUGGAUGCGUGGUGAGAAUAUUUGGUAGUCUGGAAUGAACUAAAUAAGAACUCAGUUAUUCUUUACAGUACUAUUGUUCUUUAAGUCUCCCAGGAUCCUCAGGGCAGAGAGGGGUUGGUUCUGACAAAUAAGGCUGCUGUGUGAAUGUCACCUCCCUGAAAUGUACCAGGAAGGUAUCUGCUCAGAGAAACGCAGGUCCAGCCUGUUCACACUGCACCCGGGUAUUAGUUCAUUCAUUCAACAAAUAUUUAUGUAUUGUGCUAUUACUGUGACUCAGGUUUUGUGUUCAUAGUUUCUUUACACCAAAGUGUGAGCAGGAGGGGGAACCUUAAUUAUAAGAAUUUGAGAAUGCUGGUCCUUUCUAACCUAUGUGGCGUGAGUAAAACCAGCUCCAUUUGUUGCUCUGAGGAUGUUUCUCCAGGGUUUUCUACCAUUGUCACCAACAUAGUUGCCAAACUAGAGAGUUCUGCUCUGUAUUAUUUUGGUUAUGAGUUUAAAAAUGAGUAUGAAAGUGUUUAUUAUGGGAAUUUCCUUCUUUAUUCUUUUCCCAAGCCCACAACUGCCAGCUGCAAAUUACUAGCCAACAGCUGCCAGCUGCCAGCACAGCUUUUUUAGCAUUUAUAUUUAGCAUUUAGGGAUAGGUACUUAGAGAAUGAUGAAGCAUUUUUUUAAAUUUCAAGGCUAUAAAGGUUUUUCUUAGUUCUGCUUUUGCAAUAUCGUGUUUAUGAAAUUUGAAUGCUUGUGAACAUUGCAUAUGAAAAGCUUUGGGGGGAACCUGGGAGAUAAUUCCUAAAAAACACCUAUUAUAACUGUGCUCAACUAUUAAAAUUAAUGAGUUCUCUCUG